AUGCCUCCUGUCAGGACCGCAGCCAGCCUCGUCGACGCCGUCGCCCACGACCUCGCCCUCAGCAGUCACGGAGCUGGGUAUGCGCCUUCCCUCGUCCGCGGCACGGCAUGCGGGACCUGCAAGAAGCGCAAGUUGCGCUGCGACGGCGCGAGGCCGGUCUGCGGCGGGUGCGCGAGGAGCGCAAAGGUGCACGGCGACGACCCGGGAGCGCUCGCCCAGUGCGUGUACCCGGACCCGAGGCCGCGAGCUGCACCGCUGGGCAAAGUGCAGCGAGCCACGCUCGAGGCCGAGAUCGCCGAGCUCAAGGCGACCGUCGAGCAGCUUCGUCAGGCCAACGCCUCGGCCACGAGCGCCUCGUCGUCGACGCCGGCGCUCUUCUUCAGCAGCGCUCCUGGACCCGACGAGCACGACGCCACUCGGCUCCCGCGCGUUCCCGCCGACUUUCCUCUCGACGCGCCGUCGAUCCAGACGAGCUACGGCGUCGCGCCGUUCGCGUUCAGCGAGUCAAGCGCCCGUCUCGUCAACACGCAGUCCGCCUCGCCGCGCACGACUGGGCCGACGCCGAGCGGCGAGAUGUGGAGCCCCUACAGCACGGUGCCACCAACCUUGUCACCCUCAGCCACGCUCGACUCGGCGACGAGCGCCACCUCGCCCUUCACGCCGCCGUCGUCCGACCCUUUCCUCGACCUCCUUUACCCGGGCUGGCCUCGCGACCUGCCGCCGCCGUCCCUCGUCCACCGCAUCAUAGACGUCUACUUCUCGCGGCCGCACCAGUGUUCCGACGUCAUCAACCCGUCGCGCUUCCGCACCGCCCUGUCGCUGCCGCCGACGAGCGCCGGCUUCCCUCAUCCCGGCCUGAUUCACGUCAUGUGCGCCAUCGCCUGCCUCAUGGUCCCGGACGACUUCUUCCGCGGCGAGUCGUGCUACUGGCGAGGGUAUUCGAGGGCGGCCGACUACCACAUCGCGAGGUGCAAGAUCGCUCUCGAGGAGGGCCUCGUGACGGCGUCCAUGUUCGACACGGCCCAAGUCUUUGGCCUCCUGUGUUUCUGGCUGUACUCGCAGGCGCGAUGGGUCGAGGUGUGGCAGUACUGCGCCCAGGCGACCCGUGUCACGCUCCCUCUCGGCCUCAACCACAUCCGGGCGGCGAGCGACCCGUCGUCGGACCCGACCUCGACGUCGGCCAUGCUCAAGGACACGGACGACGAGGCCGUCCUGCGCGAGCGCGCCUUGACGUUCUUCCUCGCGUUCACGGCCGACCGCUUCGCUUCGGCGAGCACGGGCUGGGCGUGCAGCCUCGACAAGGCCGACAUCACCACCACCAUCCCGGGAGAGGGACAGACGUAUCCUCGGGGCGACGACGUCGUCAACUCGCCCUUUUCGCUCCACCACCCGGCCUUCUUCCUCGCGCACGGCGAGGGAUGCGGCCCGCUUCAGCUGUCGAUCAAGGCCGUCGUGCUCCUCGGCGACGUCGUCCAGUUCCAGUCGCGAGCGCCCUACGCCAUUAAGAUGGCGCCGCAGACCGGGUUCGCCCUCAACGACCGCAUCUCGGACGUGCGCUCGACCGACUCGUUCCGCCGCCUCGACUCGACCGUGCGAGGCUUCAUCGCGUCGAUCCCGCGCGAGUACCAGUUCCGCCUGCGCCCGCUCGGCACGAGCGGCGCCGACAUCCUCGACGAGACGCGCCUGUGCCUCGUGCACGGUAUGGCGCACACGAGCGUCAUCCUCCUGCACGAGCCUCACGUCGCAGCGCUCGACGAGCACGAGCCGAGCUUUGUGCGCUGCCUCGAGAGCGCCAACGAGAUCCUCCAGGGCGUCUUCCUCAUCCUCGGAACCUCGUACGACGUCGCCCUCUUCUCGCCCUUCUUCACCUACGUCGUCGCCUGCGCCGGCCGCACUUUCGUCCGCCAGAUCGCCAUCCGCGUCGCGACGGGCGCCACACACGGCAUCGACGAGCUCAAGAGCAACGUCAACACGAUCCUGUACACGCUCAAGGCGCCUCGUACGCCGCUCGGCGACAACGCGCAUGCACAACUGUCGAUGAUGCUCGACGACCCGUUGCGGUGCCUCCCUCGCCCUUUCCUCGCCCUCGCGUCCGACCUCUCACCCCCUCUCGCGCCUGGCGCCCACUCGGCGUACGACCUCACGCGCCGCGACCCGAUGCGCCCUCCCUGCACCGUCGAGCCUCUCCCCGCCACGCCGGCACCGACCACGUCGACGACGAGGGCAGCGCGGAACCGGUUCGGCAUCGUCGAGCUCGAGAGGGGUCCGGGCGCCGACGAGCCGCUCCUGCGCGAGCUCGUCGCAGACAAGUCGCUCGUCGUCGAGGGCGAGUGGUUCGGCGGGCAGGGCUUUGACGGCGUGCUGUAGCUGUCGGGCGAGGGCCCGCGAGCUGUCGGCGAAACGCGCAUGCAGUACCUU